AUGGAAAACAUAUAAGUAGCAGUUCGUAUACGUCCUGAUCCUGAACCAUCCAUUUGGGCAAUCCAUGAUCAACAUAUAUUUCUUAACAAUUAAAUGAAAAAACCUCCUAAUGGAUCAGGUCGUACAACUUUUGCAUUUGAUCACUGUUUCAAUUAAGAUAGCAAAAAUGCCGAUAUCUAUUCUAAAGAGGUCAAAUAAUUAGUACUUGGAUCUACUAAUGGUAUUAAUGGCACAAUUUUCUUAUAUGGAUAAACUGGUAGUGGCAAGACCUACACAAUGUUAGGUAAAGAAAAUGAUGAAGGUGUAUUAUUAUAGAGUUUUAAGGAUUUAUUUACUAAGAUUGAAGCUGAUCUAAAUAAAACUUAUGUUUUACGUUGUUCAUAUUUUGAAAUAUACAAUGAAUAAAUAUUUGAUCUCUUAAAACAAUCUUCAAAAUUAUAAGAAACUUUAUAAGUUAAUGAAGAUUAAAAGAAAGAAUUUUAUGUGAAAGGAUUAAUUGAAUAAUCUGUUUCAUCUAUUAAUGAAAUAUUUGAUGUACUUAAAAGAGGUGAAAUUAAUCGACAUUAUGCUCAAACUGCCAUGAAUCAUAAUAGUUCUAGAUCUCAUGCUAUAUUUAGAUUAUAUGUACAAUCAAUUACCAAUAAUUUUAUUCGAUAAUAUAGAAGAGAAUAAUCCUAACAUAAAUUCCCAACUUUAGAAUAAUUAGAAGCUGAAAACAAUAAUUAAUUAAAAGGAGCUAUGGUAACUGAAAGUGUACUUAAUUUUGUAGAUUUGGCUGGUUCUGAGAAAGUUUCAAAUCAUUUUGAAGAUGCAGAAAUUUAAGAUACUAAUAGAAGAGUUAAAGAAGGUCAAUAUAUUAAUAAAAGUUUAUUCUUUCUUACUUAAGUUAUUUAUUUAAAAGCAGAAGAUAAAGGUCAUGUACCAUUUAGAAAUUCAUCAUUAACUAAAAUACUUAAAUCUAGUUUAGAUGGAUCAUCUAGAACAUUAAUUAUUUUAUGUAUCAAUUCUGCAGCUCUUCAUUUUGAUUAUUCUAUUUCUACUUUAAGAUUUGGAAUGAAUGCUAAAAAAAUAGAAACUAAAGUAUUAGCCAAUAUUAAUUAUCAAAAUGAUGAUGAGGCAUUAAAAAUCUUGCUUUCUGAUUAUGAAAAGAAAUUACAUGAUUUAGAAAAAAAUAGAAUAGAAUAGAAAGAAGGAUUUGAAUAAUAAUUAAACCAAUUAUAAAAUGAAAAUUAAUAAUUACAAAAUAGAAUUACUAAUUAAAAUGCUUAACAUUUCAAAUGCAUUCCUAAAUUAUAUAAAGAAAUAACUUGGGCAGAUAGAUUUAAAUAUGAUUUACAUUGUGAUGGUGCAGGAGAUAUUCUUGUUACUAAUAAAAAAGUAAAAAAACCACCUUAACAUGAUUGUUAAGGUAAAUUAGUUUUAAGUGCAUUAAAAGUAAGUGAAUAAAAUAGAAAAACACUUUUAUCUAAUUAUGAAAUAAUUAAAAAUUAAUAUCUCUAAUUAAAUAAUUUAUAUAAUUAAAGUAAAGUUAAGAUGUAAUAAUAAAAUGAAUAAAUUCAAUAUCUAAAUAUUUAAUAUAAUAAAUUAUAUAGUUAUGCAUCAGAAAUGAAAUAAUAGUUAAAUUUUGAUGUUAAAUAACUUGAAAAUACAUAAUUAGAAUAAAUGAUUUAGUUUUAUUAAACUUAAUUAUUGAAAUUAUAAAUUGAAUAAUAACAUAGAGGAUAGUUUAUAAAUUUAGAUUUAAAAUAUUAAUAUAAUAUUGAAUAAUUCAAAUUAAUUGAACAAAAUUAAAAUGAAUUAGAUAUGUAUUAAGAAUAUUAACAAAUAAAUUUAGAUGAAAUUAUGUAUAAUAAUUUAGUAAAUGUAGAGAUGGUUAAAGAAAAAGAAGAUGAAGAUUAAAGUGUUUAAUCUGAAGAAUUCUUUAAAAUAGAGUUUCCUACAUACUUACAUCAUUCAAAUAAUAUUACUAAAUAAACUAUGAAUGAAACUGCUUCUCAAUUAACUGUUUAAGAUUUGAGUGAAAUUAAUUUCAAGACUGUUUUAUAAAGUUUUAUUAGUGAAAUGGAUGUUCUAUAACCAUCUGUGUCCACUCAUCAUAAAAAUAAUAGUACUUCAUGUAAUAAGAAAUAAACAGUUAAAUAUAAGACACCUGAUAAAAUGAAAAAGUAGAGUACAAGUCAAACUACAAUUAGAGGAAAAUAAAAUAUUGAACCUAGUCGUUAAAGUUUUAAUAAUAUUCCAAAACCUAAGAUAAGACCAAGAUAAAGUGGUAAUGCAAAUGAAGAGUUAUCUCUACUGUUGAACAAUACUGAAAUGAGUAAAUAUUGA